UGAUUUAAACACAAUCUCUUUCAUUCAUUCUUCUAGUUAAGAGAGAAGCUAUCAAACAAGCUAGGAAUUGAAGUUAUAUUCACAUUCAAAAAUAGACAACACAUGCAUUAAGCAUUUUAAUUUUGGAAUAUAAUCUCAGAAAAAUAGAGAAAAGGGUGGUAGAAGAAGCGAUGCCCUGCAAGUACAGGUGACAACAGAAUAUCUUCUACCUCAGAUCAACCCUCAACCUCUGCCUCAGAUCAGGGGCUAAGCCAUCUUUUCUUCAUCUUUAUCUUUCCUUAAUCAGAUUACUCUGCUUUUAUUUCUUGAUACAUUUCUUGAUAUUUAUAUAUUUUUUAUAAUAUAAAUUAAUUAAGGGGUUACUUAGUUAAGAUAUAUACGAUUCGUAUAAAUACAUAGACCUCCUGCACGUUUACAAAAUGGGAAGAACUUAUAAAAGAGCCAUUUCUUUGAUCCUCUCAACUGUCUCUUGUUGUUUCUUUGGGUAUAAACAUACUCAUAGUAAUAAUCAUAAUCAUACUCAUAAUAAUAGUCAUCGUGUACGAGUUUCAAGCAACUUUAGGUAUUUCUCCUACAACAUGCCUAAGUCAUCUCGACCGCUCUCUUUGCAGACCGUGGAACUUAAGGUUCGUAUGUGUUGCACUGGAUGUGAGAGGGUUGUCAAGGACGCCAUUUUGAAACUUAGAGGAGUGGAUUCGAUAGAAGUAGAGCUUUCGAUGGAAAAGGUGACGGUAGUAGGGUACGUGGAUCGGAAUAAGGUGUUGAAAGCCGUAAGAAGGGCGGGAAAGAGGGCGGAGUUUUGGCCCUACCCAAACCCUCCUUUAUACUUUACUUCGGCCAAUAACUAUUUUAAGGAUAUGGCUCACGAUUAUAAGGAGACCUACAAUUAUUAUCGUCAUGGUUAUAAUGUUGGUGAUAAGCACGGGUCUCUCCCCAUUUCUUCCCGUGGGGAUGAUAAAGUUAGCAACAUGUUCAAUGACGAUAAUGUCCAUGCUUGUACUCUCAUGUAAAUAUGUAAUCAUGUAUGUAUUUCGUAUAUGUACACCUUGUACGUACGUAUACUACUCCAUACUUUGUAUGUUUGUACUAGUCUUUGUAUGUACUUCCUAUAAAUCUCUUAAAGAAAGAGUAAAUUAGGGGUGUAGGAAAUUAGGAAUAUCUAAUGCCUAUAUAGUAGCCAUGUAUAUGCAUUUCUAGUGCAAAAAUGUAUGGUGUUAUCUCUAAA